ACCGAAUCUCGGAGACCGAUAUGCAAAUCCUCGAUAAAUGUGAAAAGUUUAAAAUACCUACCUUCCUUGUGAGGACAAAUUCCGAAACACACAUCCGUAACCUAAAACGAAGCCACAAGAUAACAGAAAAAGAGGCAAUCAAAAAGCUUAUCAAAGAUACAUGUGAAAGUGUCAAAAAAAAUCUCGAAGCCGGCGAUUAUAAUGAUCCGGAAAAGAAGGUUUAUAUCGUCGAUAGACAUGUCCUGGGCGAAAUCGUUUCAAGAUUUACAAAGAUGCAUUACUCAAAUAUCGAUAUUACCGAAGAUGAUCUUCGUGAAACAGUAGAUAAUGUAGAAGGCAUAAUCGACGAAUGCAACCUUUUAAUGGACCUGCUUAAUACGGCUAGGGAGCGUCGACAUUGA